UGACAUCCUUUCCGCAAGACUUUUAGUGGCCCCCAGAAGCCUCGGUAGAUGAGGGCCGUACGGACCAGAUGAUACGCACUCCAAUGAAACGAAGAAACAAAAGGAAGAGGAAGGAGAAAGUGAGGAGAGGAAGGGAGGAAGAGAAGUCGGCUCCUGAGCUUGUGCGGACAAGCGUUGAACAUAUAUCGAGUCUGCAAACCGAGGAGACGACGGACGAUGACGAAUGGAGUCUCGUCGGGUCUUCCGAAGUUUCCGAUCUCGAGCAGAAGCUGCGCAAGUUGCCUUUUUUGUACGCACAAGCAGAGGUGAUCCGGAGGGCGGGAGGAAUCAACAUGUUGGCCGACACAUGUAGCGAUCUCACGGAUGAGGAGGCUGAAACACUCAGAGAGUCGGCGAGAAAAAUCAUCGCGUACACUGUUGAAAUGACAAUAAGGGCACUUCCCAUAAUCUCGAUGGAAAAACGGUUGGAGAUACUGGAGGCAGAGAGCAAGGCACUCCAAAAGCAGCUGGCCGAACCUACGGCCAUGGAUGUGGACAGUAAUGCAAGGCGUCUCGACGAGUUGGAGCAAAAGUUGGAUGUGUUCCAGUCGCUAAUAAGGGAAACAGAUGAGUACUACGAAGGGCUGGAAAAGGUGGUCUCCUCUGGUCCGAUUGCAGAACGGACAGAGACUGAAGUUUCAGACCCCCAAGUGUCCAGGGAAGUCCCUGAAGAAGGGAAAGCGACUGCCAUGGAUUGCCAGUCCGCAGGGAAAAAGGCAGCAAAGAAGAAGAACAAGAAGAAAGCGGAGAAAAGACAAUCGAAGAAGAUAACUCCGGGAACAGAGGAGAAGAGUUCGAUGGAAGCUCCGGAGCAAAGUUCAGAGGACAAGGAAACAAGGAAUAGGAAACUGGCUCUUCCACGCCGCCCGCGAACAUCGGCGGUAACCAUAACGAUCAAGAAAGGAAUAGCUAAAUCUUACGCGGAAGUGCUGGCCACGGCCAGGGACAACAUCCACCUGACUGAGAUCGGCAUCGAAUCGAUAAAGAUGAGGAAGGCAAUAACCGGAGGGGUCGUAUUGGAGGUGCCAAAGGACCAAAAGAGGGAGAAGGCCAGCGCACUCGCAGCACGGCUGAUCAAGGUCCUUGACCCGAACUUGAUCCGAGUGGCGGCACCCUACCGGACUGCGGAAGCAAAGGUGGUCAAGAUAGACAUCUCGGCCACCAUAGACGAGAUAAGGGAGAUCUUGGCGCAGAAAGGAGGAUGCAAGGUGGAGGACAUCCAGCUGGGAAAACUUCGCACCUCCAAAGACGGUCUCGGGUCCGUGUGGACGCGAUGCCCGAUAGAUGCAAUGAGGAAGCUGACCCAGGCGGGUAAAAUAACCAUCGGAUGGUCAGUAGCAAAGAUCGAGACCAUCGAGCGAAGACCUCUGCAAUGUUUUAGGUGCCUGGAGAUAGGGCACGUGAAGAAAACGUGCACCUCGAAAGAAAACAGGGAGCACCUAUGCUAUAGGUGCGGCAUCUCCGGACACCUAGCCAAAGAAUGCACCGCAAUAAACCCAAAAUGUCCUCUCUGCAAGGCGCUUGGGGCACCGACAGAUCACAGGAUGGGGGGACCGUCUUGUAUCUCUUCGAAGAAAGGAAUGAAAGCAGCCACCCGCAAACCAGAGAAGACCGUAGAAACCUUUCGUCUAGGAAAAUGGAAACCAAAUGCGCUUUCUGCAAACUAAUCUAGAACGGUCGAGACGGGCGCAAGACUUGCUUUUCCAGACCAUCCGGGAGAGCACGGUCGUCCUAGCGGUGGUGGCUGAACCGUUUAGAGUGCUGGCCGCACCUCCUCCCUUGAAGUUCCAGGGGUCGGCAUUUAGACGGAAAUAUAAAAGACGUUCGGGGGGUCACCGAGAAAGAGUCGUGGGACCAGUGGCGAUUUCAGCUGAUCAGGAAGGAGCAAUGAUCUCCUCUAGCUCCACAGUUAGUCGAUAGGAUCGAUAGAGUUGGCUCGACGAAAGUACGCGGGGAGGGGGGGGGGCAUUCCUUCCAAAGGCAUAGGUAGAUCAUCGUGGAUUUCUUCACAUAUAAAAAAAAAAGUUUGAAUUACACGUGAAUUAGGUUAGAAUAAUUAUACUUAAUUUUCUUUAAUAUUUACUUUCUAACAUUAUACUUAAUUUUGAACUUAAUUUUCUUGUUAGAUUCAUUUAAAAUAAUUCAUUUUUCAUUUUAGAGUAAUAAUAAAGCCCACCGAUUAUUGUAAACCUUC